CAUUUUCAUUUUCAUUCACGCAAUUAUUACUCCAUUGCAACUCAUGAACAUCGUAAGUUGUUUCUUCUAUCAGUUAGAGAACACUGCAAAUUAGGGUUUUCCAAUCUCAAUUUUCCCCUUUCUCUCUUUCAUCAAUUGAUCUCUUUGUGUCCCCUCCCUUCUAUUAUUGUUUUCACUCAACUCUUCACUGCCAUGUCCAAAUUGAAAGCCCUUCAACCUCACUCUACCCUUAUCUCUCUACUCAGAAACCUUGAAUUGUCAGGUAUUCGACCCGAUAUGCACUCUAUUGGUAUUCUCGCCAAUUGUUACUGUCAUUUGGGCCGUGUUGAUUUCGGCUUCUCUCUUCUCGCCAAAAGACUUAAGCUUGGAUACCCCCUUGAUCGUGAUUGUGUUAUCUUUAAUACCUUAAUUAAUGGCUUUAUCCACUGUGAUAAGCUUCCUCAAGCUCUUCAAUUGCUCGAGCAAAUUGUUAAGCUAGGUUUCCAACCCAACAUUGUUACCUAUGGUGCUAUUUUCAAAGGCCUUUGUCGGAUUGGUGACAAUGCUGCUGCCCUCCACUUGCUCAGGAAGAUGCAAUCUAGUCCUUGUCAGCCUGGUCUUGUCAUAUAUAACACCAUUAUUGAUAGUCUUUGUAAGGAUAGGCUGUUGAAAGAGGCCCUCAACCUGUUCACCGCCAUGAAAAGCGAGGGGAUGAUACCUGACGUUAUCACUUAUAACUCCUUAAUUAGAGGUCUCUACAACUCUGGCUCCAAAGUCGAGGCUAAAGAUGUUUUAGCGGAGAUGUUGGAGUGUAACAUAGCACCAGAUGUUAUCACCUUCAACAUACUUGUUGACAUGUUUUGCAAAGACGGGAAUGUUGAUGAAGCGCAAGCUAUUCUAGACUACAUGAUUGAGAGAGGUGAGGUUCCAAAUGUCAUUACUUACAAUGCUUUACUCGAUGGUUAUUGUUUGCGUGGUCAGAUGGAGGAUGCGGAAAAACUACUUGAUUUGAUGGCCAAGAAUGGUUGUGAGCCUGAUGUUGUAAGUUUCAACACUAUGAUUAAUGGAUACUGCAAGGCUAGAAACAUUGACAAGGCACUAUACUUAUUCCAAGAAAUACUUCAAAAAGGAAUAAUGACACCUAAUGUUGUUACCUAUACCACUCUCAUCGAUGGACUAUGCAAAGUUAAUAGACUCCCACUUGCGCGUAAAUUAUUCAUGGAUAUGCAAGUUCAUGGAGUUACUCCUGAUAUUGUUACAUAUGCUUCAUUGCUUGACAGCUUAUGCAAAAAUACGCUACUUGAUGAGGCAAAAGCGUUACUUGAAGUUAUGGAAUAUAAUGUUGUUAAGCCUGAUAUUGUCAUCUACAAUAUCCUGAUGGGCAGUUUGUGUCAGGCUGGGAAACUUGAAGAUGCUGCAAAAUUAUUCUCCGAUCUUGUAUUGAAGGGCCUACAACCUGAUGUUAUAUCAUACAUAAUAUUGAUCAAAGGUUUUUGCAAGAAAAGGCUCAUGAAUGAAGCUGUUGAAUUGUUGACAAUAAUGGAGGAAAAUGGUUGUUAUCCUGAUCAUCGUAUCUAUAAUACAAUUAUCAGAGGAUAUAUUGGCCUACAACCUGAACCUGAUGUUAAAUCAUACAACAUAUUGAUCAAAGGUUUUUGCAAGAAAAUGCUCAUGAAUGAAGCUGUUGAAUUGUUGACAAUAAUGGAGGAAAAUGGUUGUUAUCCUGAUCAUCGUAUCUAUAAUACAAUUAUCAGAGGAUAUAUUGUCAACAAUGACCUAUCAAAUGCAUUUUACUACUCUGAACUUAUGGUGAGCAAGGGAUAUGAAGCUGAAGCUGAUACUUUGUCGUUAUUUAUUGGCCUCUUGUCUUCUGAUAAUUUAAGUGACUCGGCCAAGGACCAGAUAAGGAAAUUCAUCAAAUGACUUGAAUAAAAAAAGCAGGGUAAUUAUGACUAAAGUUUGGAGAUAUGCGAGAUCUCAGUAUAGUUGAGAUGUACCCCCUUGUUGAGUUGUUGUUUGUAAUGUCUAAAAACGAUACGAGUCAGGUGUUAGAUUACUUGAGAUUUUGCUUUUAGUUUCUCUGUCAACUUCAUCUCAUGUCCCUGAUGACCAUCUUAUUGUAUGACCUGUAUUUCUGGUCCUUGGGCUGUUUGUUUCUUCAGUGUAUUAAGUUGGAUGUCUGCUAAUAGUAUAUUGUGUUUUUGUUCUAUUAUAGAAGAAGUUGAUGAAGCAUCCUUUCACUGUGUUA